AUGUCUCAUAUCCUUUGGAGACGUUCGUCUUUGACUGACCGGUCAAUCACUGAAUACGCAGGGCAAAGGCAGGCCGAAUGCUCUGGUCCUGUCGCCCUUGCCUUCCUCUCUGUAUCCAUGAUCGUGCAACCCCAUCGACCUUCGGCCCAACCCACCAAGACACCAGAGUUCAAACCAGCAACCAUGCUGAGGCGUCCGCCAACUGUCAUUCCGCUGACCGAAGAUGAUCUACAAUUCCACCUGCAGCGGACCUUCGCUCGGUCCCUCCCAGUCAAUAUCAACCACCUGAGCCUGGAGGACGCGGACCAGAACUAUGCUGAACGAGAUCCCGCUCCCACCUCUGAGGAACAACACUCCUCGUUGAGCAAACCUGCCGGUCAGCUCGAUCAACAGCGUCCUCUACAUGACUCGACUGGGGGUAUGACACACUCCUCUUUGAUGGCAGCUCGGAUGCACCCAGCGGCCCUCCCUGCUUCCAUGAUGACUGGUUCGACCCACCGAACUAUUGUUGACCCAAACCGGGCUCCCACUGCUGCUGCCACGGCCCAACUGAUAUCAUCUCAUAACAUCCCGCAGACUCGAGCUUCCCGGCUUCGAGAGGCCUCGCCCUCGUCUCCUAGAACCGAAUUGACCAUUCCACCGCAAGAAUUUCUAGAUCGCCGCAUUCUCCCAUCCCCAAGCCGCAAGAAUGGUCCGUCCUCUGCGAUCCCUCGACGCCAAACUUUCCAGGGUGAUGAUCAUUAUCUCUCCGCGAAGCAUAAAGUCACUAACCAGGCCCUCGCGCAGAAAAUCACCGUCGUGGCCAUCCCCAGGAUGCAUGGACCACUCUAA